UGGUCAACCCCAGAACUAAAACCCUACGGGCCGUUAUCCUUCCUCCCCAGUGCCUCCUGCAUCCACUACACCACAGAAUGCUUCGAGGUCCUCAAGGCGUACCACACAAAUGACGGGAAACCACGCCUCUUCCGCGCUGACCACAAUGCCUUUUUUGCUUUGUUGGCUCAAUUACAGUUAAAGGCAUCUCACUGGAGUCGAUUUAAACUUUCAGGUAAAAGAAUCGAAUUGUUGUGGGAGGAGGGAAAGAAAGAAAAGGGCCGCGAAUCAUUGAAUGUAGAAGUACCAACCUCUAAUGCGUCAAAGAAAUAUCCAAAAAAAAUCCCCUAA